AAACCUUGAAGAAAAUAUAAAAGUUUUUUAUUUUCCUUUGGGUUUUGUGACUUUGGUAUGCAAAAUUCAUGCACUAUUCCGCUGGCGUCACUCCCAGCAAUGCUGUAGUGCAGCGAAACAAAAAUGAAUUUUGAUCGGUUGAUAAAUUAAUCGUUUGGGCUGAUCCAGCUCCCACAGCGACAAAUAUUAUUCCCAUCAUCAAGGCUCAACGCAGUUGCUGCUACUGCUUGCCAAGGCGCGCCCGACUCUCAUCUGCAUUUGGCCCUCAUACAACCCCUUCCUUCUUUUAUACUCUCUUUGCUCGCCCCAUUCGUAUAACCUCAUUUUGUCCUUAAUCAGCAGAAAUGCACACCCAAAUUGCACGCAUGUUCGCUUCAACCGGCGCACGCAGGGCCAUGGUUUCCAUGGUCAGCAGGGCGUCACCAUUCACACGAAUCACUCACACAGCGCUACGCGCCCCGUCAUCACCCAUACACCAGCGGUCGCCACUGAGCACUACCCGCAGCCUCCUUCAACAAUCUCCCACCACCCCAAACACCUACACCAUGAGCACACUGGACGAAGCCAAGUACCAUGAUGUAUCAACGCAAGCAAUGGAAUCCUUGACCGAGUUUCUCGAGGACAUGGGCGAUGAAAUGGAUAUCACCGAUUACGAUAUCGAGUACACCAGCGGCGUACUGACCUUGCGGUUGGGCGAGAAGGGCGGCACGUAUGUUAUUAAUAAGCAGCCACCGAAUAAGCAGAUUUGGUUGUCGUCGCCGUUCAGUGGGCCGGAGAGAUACGAUUAUGACAUGGAGAAGGGCGCGUGGUUCUGUAGGCAUAGCGGUGAGAGCCUGGGCACUUUGCUUGGCCGCGAGAUCUCCCAGGCUUUGGGUGUUUCGAUUGAGGUUCCAAUUAAAUAAACAAAAAACAUACACAGGGGGUCUUUUGGAGAUCAGAACAAUAUGAAAGCGGAAAGUGUAUCGACAUAUACAUUCUCUGGAUGAUGGCUCGAUCGAUAGAGACCGAGCCGGCAAUUUAACUGCCGAUUCGCGGCUCGGAUGCUCACAGCUCGGAAGGGCAUAAAGAAAAAAUUUGGUGCUCAACAAUUUUUUUCUCAGUUUCUCAGUUUCAGUCUAGACUGAGUCACCAACAAUUUUUUUUUCCAGCUAAGAAAAAAAGAAAAACAGAAAAAGCUAUAAAUUGCAGACUAUUCGGCUGUCGGGUCUUCACAAUCUUUUUUCGAUCGAGAGAGGGAGGA